AUGUAUGUUGAAAUAGAAUUGGAUUCCAUAGAACGCGAGCAAAAAAAAUUAAAAGUGGAUGAAUAUAAUUGUAAAAAAAAUUCUCAAGAUAAGUCAGUCUAUGAACCUGAAAUAUUAUCUGUAGAAACUGAUUUGAUAUCAGCAUCUUCAAAACCUCUUAAAAUACUAUUAACAGGAUCAUUUGCCGAUUUGAAACAGGAAGCUGAACUGAAGAAAGCAAGUUUACCAACUUCGGCUGCAGAUCAGUUAGAAAUUGUGAAAUUAGUGAUUAGUGACUAUAGCAAUAA